UCUAUCAGUCACUUGUGGGGGCGUGUCUACUCCUGCAGCUGUCAGAUUGGGAGCCGCCUUCAACCCAAACAGCAAAAACAAGAGCUUAGAGAACAGAAAAAACAGAGGAAUGCCGGUCGUUUGUUUGGUGCCGUGCUUAUAGGACAGAGCAGUCGAUACCAGAUUCUGGAGCCAUCACUGGAAACCCUCCAAUUCUCAACCCAGUGUUGCCAUGGAGACUCCCAACAACUAUGUGUUCAUCCACGGGAAGAACAUCUCCCACAACACGUUGGCUGGCUCCGCUGCAGGACCCCACAUGUCCAUUGACAAGCUGUUUCCGGCUCUCCUUGAGUGCUUUGGAAUCAUUCUGUGUGGUUACGUAGCUGGACGGGCUGACAUGAUCACGGAGAGCCAGGCAAAGGGUUUGGGGAACUUUGUCUCUAAAUUCGCUCUUCCUGCUUUGCUCUUUAAAAACAUGGUCCUGUUGGAUUUUGGGAACGUCAUUUGGGCUUUUCUUUGGAGUGUCUUGGUAGCAAAGGUUACGGUGUUUGUACUGGUGUGUGUGCUGACGCUGAUGGUGACCAGUCCAGACAAUAGAUAUAGCAAGGCUGGUCUCUACGCCAUCUUUGCUACCCAGAGUAAUGACUUUGCCUUGGGGUACCCAAUUGUUGAUGCUUUGUAUCGAAGCACAUACCCAGAAUACCUGCAGUACAUCUACCUAGUCGCCCCGGUUUCCCUCAUGCUUCUCAACCCCAUCGGCUUUGCUCUCUGUGAGGUGCAAAGGUGGAGGCAGGCCAGCCAUCUACAACACAGUAGUCUUGGCAUUCUGGGAAUUGUAGUUUUACAGGUGUUGAAGAACCCAAUAGUGUUCAUGGUGAUAGUGGGAAUCAUUUCUCAUUUUGCCCUGGGAGAACGGAUUCCCUCCAUUCUUUCUGAGUUCAUAGAUGGCCUGGCCAACUCCUUUGGAGGAGCAGCAUUGUUUUAUCUUGGCCUCACUAUGGUCGGCCAGCUAAGAAAACUAACCAGAGACACUGGAGUUGCCCUGAUUCUCCUCAUAACAGCCAAACUCCUGGUAAUGCCGUUGGUCUGCAAAGACAUGGUGGACAUCCUGGACGUCGGGGUGAACAGCACAAGCCCGAACCACACCAGUUUAUCCAAUUUUGCUUUUUUCUACGGAGUCUUUCCAACUGCACCAAGCGUAGCUAUAUAUGCCGGCCACUACAACAUGGAGCUGGAGGUGGUGACUUCUGGGAUGGUGAUUAGCACUUUUUUGUCAGCUCCGAUCAUGUAUGUGUCAGCCUGGUUGUUGACCAUCCCUUUGAUGGACCCCAGCCCCCUGGUGGCAGAGCUGGAAAACGUCAGCUUCAACAUCAGCAUCAUCAGCCUCAUAGGACUGGUCUGGACUAUCGGUGUGAUGUUGCUUAGCAGGAAAUUUAAUCAGCUCCCUCAUCUAUUUGUGUUGAACCUUUUCCUGGCUCAGUUCUUAGUGUGCGUUAGCAUGAUCCUGUGGAACUUCCUGGUGAAACAAGAAGACAAUUUUCUCAGUAAAGUUCUCACCUUCACUCUAUUGUACGGAUCUUUGUACAGUACUUACAUCUGGACAGGUUUAAUCCCUCUGUGCCUGGCUCUGACUAUCAGAGAUGAUCUGCUGAGACUCAGACCUGGGCUCUUCAUGGCUGUGGGCUGGGGGAUUCCCUUUGUGAUGGUUGGACUCCUUCUCAUAUCAGGAGAAAGGACGGAAACUCUUGACUCUGCUUUCUUCUAUGGCAGAGCUCAGAUAAUCAGCUCUGCAGUGGUUCUGGGUGUGAGCCUGGCCCUCGGUGCCGUUUCUCUGAUGGGUCUGAGCCAGGGGGACAGGGAGCAGGUCGGGUACGAAGCCCUGACUCGAGCUGCUGUCACCGGCAUCAACAAUGAACUGAGGGCCCCUGCUGACCAGGAAGAUCAACAGCAGCAGCUGCAGGAGGCCAACUCCACAAAUUCUCCCACCUGCAGCAUCAAUUCAUGCAAUUUCCACAACAUUUCUCCUCUUCAGACCAGGCCUGACAUGAUGGCCAGCACACAGAGCGAGCACCUUAACAGCACAGGCCACAGCGGGGCGCUGUACGACGGACAGCAUCCGGGUUCAUCAGACUCGGAGCAGCCACUGGAUUUGCCACCUCCAGGCCUUCAGAACAGCGAUGAUAAGCAGACUGUGAGACAUGUGUUGCUCUGUCUGCUGCUCAGCGUCAGUUUGCUGGCGAAUCUGUCCAGCUGUCUCUGGUGGCUGUUCAACAAAGAUCCAGGCCGGCUUUACCUGGAGCUGCAGUUUUUCUGUGCUGUGGCCAACUACGGGCAGGGUUUCCUUUCAUUUGGAAUAUUUGGUCUGGACAAACAUCUUAUCAUUGUGCCAUUCAAGAAGAGGUUUCUCAGCCUGUGGCACAACCGAGACGGAGAUGAUCCGAGUCCGUCUGCUGUGCCUGAGGACGUCCAACUCACCUGUACCCAGUUUGUCCGCUACCACAAAGACCAGUGUGUACAAGAUAUAGUACACACUCACAGUGGCUCAGGGGAGAGUGUGAAUGCUUCGGCAGGUGAAUCAUUCCUCUGAUUGUCACAGGUUUGGAGGAGUGAAGCAGGAGAAUGGAAUUGGACGCUGCCUUUCCCAUCAUCCCCAGUAUUUAAACACAAAUCCUCAGAGACAUGGCAAGUCACAGAAUCUGCACUGGAAAUACAGUCCAGACUGUGCCAACUGUGUCCCAACCAAACUUCACUUCCUUACAACAUGGAGGCUCCAGAUGAACACCUCGGACACAUUUCUACCCUUCAGGGACAUGAUGACCUCUAUUCAAGCCUGCCCCAGUCCUGCCCUGAAGGCGUCUUUUGAGGGAGUGACUUGGUGGACUGGCUAACGGAGCAAGGUUUGUGCGCCAGAUGGACCAAGGCCAAACAUUACGCCGUUUGUUUUCAGCGGGAGGGGGAGUGGUGAACCACCUGACCGGCCAGCAGAGCUUCAGGGACGAGCCCACUCUAACCUACUACUUCCUACAGGAGGAGGGAUGUUCCAGGAACAUCUGAGAGGACAAACAGAAACUUUGGGGUGCCAAACAGGAAGUGCCUUAUGGUGAAAUUACCACAAGAUACUAGCUGGAUUGUUGCAAGGCCCAAAGACUUACAUUACCCAUCAAAAUCUGUUUUAUGGGGAGAAAAUCCUUUUGCACUGUAAAAGUAUUGAGUAGUGCUUCUCCAUUUUCAUAAGAAAAACAACAAAACUAGUCUGGGGGUUAUAAACUCAACAUCCAGGCUUUUCCAAUCAUUCCCUGUCUGAGCUCCAGUCAGGGUACUGACACUCUUCAAUGUGGAGGCUGUUAUUGAGCUACAAAGUGUCAAAUGUAGCUGUUUUUAGUGUCAGUUGGGGGGUUUGAAGACAGUCAAAUGGAAGAAGGUAUUUAGAGAAAGAGAGAGAGAUGAAGCCGAUAACAAGAAGGUUGAACUGAGUCAGAACAGCAAAACACUCUGUUUUAUCCUGUUUUUAAACAGAUGGAGAUCUCUGUUUUAUAAUGCUAAUCAUGAGUGGAUGCUUCAAAUGUCAACUUUGUUUCAAACAAUGAAACAUUUUUACAGUUAUUCCUCUUCACACGGUGUGACAUGGCGUCUACUUCCAAUAGAAAUAAUUUAUGAUCGCUCACAUCAGGAAGGCAAGGAAAAAAUUUAGAUUUUUGCUUCUCUGUAUUCUAGUUCCUAAAAAACACUGGUCACCGAUAAGAUCUGUUUUUGCUGGUCACAGUUUUACCAAAACUGUAGUCUGACUUCUGAUUGGUGCAUCUCUAUCAAUGAAAGUCGUUAGGGAGAACUUAUGUAAAAAGUGUAUUGUACAUAAAGACAGAAACACUACUUGUUGGUCAUUCAGUCUGUGAGCCAGAAUCUGGUUACUUUGUUUUUCCCUCUCUGAACACUUAUUUAUGGAUUUUUCUUUUAAACACUGGUGUUUUCCUCAUGAAGUCUGUGUGAACAGAAGGAUGCUCAUCCAUCAACGUGGUGGUGUGGGUGUGACAUUGAUGCGAGGAAAACAGACAGUUGGACAGACUGAGUGUCUGUCUAACUACACUGCACAGGGUCUUUAUGUUUCAGGUGAGAAGAAAAAACCUAGCUUCCUGAGCAAGCAGUGUUUAAUUUGGCACACUGCCUUCGAACUAGUUUAGUGUCUGCUGAUCUCUUGCAUGACUCAACAUUGAACCAUUUUGCACUGACUGAAUAAAAAAGAAAAACAUGGAGUCAUGCAGGUCGCUGGAUAUUUCUGCACUGAUAUUGUGAGUUGGAUAUUAUGUCUGUAACUUUUGUUAUAUCUGAUUUUGUGUUUGAUUGAUUUGUUUUUUCUCCUAAAAAUAUGAAUUUUCUGUACCAGUUUGCAACCAAAAGCAUGUCCUAGAUUUAUACUUUUAGGGGGGAGUGUCACGGGUGGGAUGUGUCAAUACAUAUUUAUAUAAAUAAACACAAAAUAAUACAAUCACAGAGAAACAAAGAUAAUUAAAUAAUGACUAAUACUGAAUAAUAUGUCUUAGGCUUUACAUAUUUAUUUGCACAUGCAUAUAUACAUAUUAUCUACAUAGGUUUUCAUGUUUUCCAGCCAAGGAGCUGUAGCUUCAGAGAUUCAACAGCUGAGAUUCAUCAGUGCAGUGAAUCCGUCUCUCUUUAAAGACAUUUCCCACUUCUUCCUCACAUGGUGUCUUUUGAAAAACGGGAGCUAUAUCGUUUCAUAAAAAAAACGGGAGCUAUCUUACUUUUGACAGAGUGAAAGAAUUACAUAUAAAUAACAGUCUUUGCCACCUUGUGUCGCUUAAUCGAAAUCAAUGUUAGGAAAUCAUUAAAACUUUUUCAGAUUUACAAAAUCUUGGUUAGCCUUCAAAGCUGGGGUAGGGUGUUACACCAAGCUCUAUAGCUAAAAUUAGCUGGCAUUUUGCCAGCAGACAUAAAUACAGUAUAGUGAUAUUCUUUUCAUAAAAUAUAAACGGUAAUAUAUCCAUUUGACUUGUGAAACGUUAUCCCCCGAGCCCUCACGUCAAUAGUCCGUAGAUCUGAACAAAUAAUAUCCGGCCGUUCUGAGGCUUUUUCUGAGAGUCCGAGCCUGUUGAUGCUGCAGUAACAGAGCGACAGAAGGACGACGUUCUCUGCUUCUACCAUCGCUGGAUCGCAGUGAAGGCGAAGAGCUGCAUUCCUCCGUGUUUGUGCGUCAGGGAAACGACGGACGAACGUACUAGCGCUACUAGCCGGCGCUCGCUAGUAGCUGUGUGUGCCGGCAGCUCGAACAAGCUGCUUUUCAUCUUGGAUGAGGUCUCUGGUUUCCUUGUGGACUUGGACAGCGGAGCAUCAUGCCAGUUCCAACCGUGGACGUUUUGUGCGAAAGUAACGGACCGCUGUUAACAGCAUCCCAAUUUACACUUUUGGAGAUUGGUGACAGUGUGUUUCAACAGACAUCAGUGUCAGUGGGACUUUGUAAUAACUUCUGUGUCUUUACCUAUUUUGGGUGCAGAUUUUUUGUGUGCUUUUAGUACAUGUUGCUAAUAGCUGCUUAAUAGAUGCUGUCUUUUGUUACAUACUUCUGUAAACUUGGCAGUCCCGGCCAUCAACCCCUUACCAACAUUCUUGCUAUAGGUGAUGAGUAUCAGCGUCUGUUAUUAGCAGGGUUCCUAUCUUUAACGGUUCCCACAUUUUCUGCUAUCAUAUCAAAGCAUGGGGUGGAACAUUGUAUAACUACAAUCGGUCCACCGGUUUUUGCAAAAGUGCGCUGCCUUGAUAUCACUAAGUUAGCGAUAGCGAAAGAGGAAUUUGCAACCAUAGAGCGUCUCUCCGUUGAACAUGGUUCCCAAAGCAGUUGGGGGUUGGCGACCCUGUAGGGAUUUUCGGCGCCUUAACAACGCAACCAGUAACGACGGUUACCCAAUUCCUCACAUUCAGGACUUUUCUGCCCGCCUGGCUGGAGCAACCGUUUUCUCUAAGGUGGACUGGUAGCUACGAGGUUACCAUCAGGUUCCAGUGCAUCCCUUAGAUCAGGGGUCCCCAAAUUCGGUCCUCAAGGGCCGGCAUCCUGCAUGUUUGAUGGCUCGUUAGAAGGCCUAAGAAGAACAUUGACAUCAUUGACAUGCUGAAAAGGUUGUUACCACCACCAGGGAGAGAACUAGGGAGAGGACCAACUUUGGGCACCCCUACCUUAGAUGUACCCAAAACCGCAGUUAUCACUGCUUUUGGUCUUUGUGAGUUUUUAUGGAUGCCUUUGUCGGGCUCCCGGGGUUUUGUUCCUUUCUUUUUUGUUUUUGUACGUGUGUUGGCUUCACUGGUGGCCACCAGGGAGCGCCGGAGGCUGUGCACUGGGUAGGCGUGCCCAUGGUUCUGCGCACUGGACUGGCAUCAUCUCAUCAUCUCCUGGAGGUUAAAGAAGCUGUCUGUCUCAGAAGCCUAGCUCCGAGGGGCUCGGGUUACCAUGCAGGUGUCGUUUUUUGGAUGCCCGAGUCCCGUGUUCACCUCCCCCAGCGGAUCUCUGUAUUCUCCAUUGUUCAGCGGGUGGCAUCGGACCUCCCCCACCCCCGUCGAGACGGUAGCCUACUUACCUGUCCGCCCUCCAACGCAGCCUCCUCGUUUUGGAUCUCAUUCUGCAUGGAAUCACAGACGCUUCCCCGAGUCGUAUCCCUUCGUCUUCCUAAGAAAGCGCCGAUCUUUUCCUUCUCAGCUGCACAUUUCCCACCUCACUCGAACUCACCAUCUCCUGUUGUCCCGCAGUGACCGCCGUUUUCCAGAUUCCUUCCCCGGAAACCCCCAUCAUUACUGUGUUCCUUGUUAAUUUGCAAUGAAUAUCUUUACCUGA